AUGUUCUUUUUUCUUUUAUUUCUAACAACUUUCUGUUUCCCUUACAAAAUUCUUUUCCCUUUCUUUGCAUCAAUCUUGUUUCCCCUCCCCUUCCAGCAACUUUCUUUAUUCCUUCCCUUCCAACAACUUUCUUUUCCACUCCCCUUCCAGCAAAUUUCUUUUUCUCUUCCUUUCCAGCAACUUUCUUUUUCUCUUCCUUUCCAGCAACUUUCUUUUCCCCCUCCCCUUCCAGCAACUUUCUUUUUCUCUUCCUUUCCAGCAACUUUCUUUUCCCCUCCCCUUCCAGCAACUUUCUUUUUCCCUUUCUUUCCAGAAACUUUCUUUUUCUCUUCUUUUCUAGCAAUUUUCUUUUUCUCUUCUAUUCCAGCAACUUUCCUUUCCCUUCCUUUCCAGAAACUUUCUUUUUUCCUUUCCUUUCCACCAACUUUCUUUUGUCCUUCUUUUCUAUUAACAUUCUUUUGCCCUACCUUUCUAUCAACUUUCUUUUUCCCUUUCUUUCUAUCAAGUAUCUUUCCCCACCCUUUCUCAACUUUGUUCUAUCCUUCUUUCUUUCUUUCUUUCUUUCUUUCUUUCUUUCUUUCUUUCUUUCUUUCUGUAAACGUUCUAUUUCGAUUCCAUUCUAACGUAUUUCUCUUUCACAUUGUUUCUAUCUCCUUUAAUCUCGAGAUUACAUCUUUCGUUUUACAAGUUUCUCUCUUUUACUGUCAUCUAUUUAUUCUUUUCUUGAUUUUUCAUCUUCAUUUUAUUUUCAAUAUUUUUAUAUUUCUUUAUCAUAGUGCUACGCCUUUAAAUACUUUCCCAAGUAUUUCUUUCUUUUUCUUUCCUUUUUUCUAUAAAUUGUUUUUUUCUUUCUCUCCCCCAUCUCUCUUUCUUUCUAUUCUCUUUCUUAUUCGGACGCUGUCACUCAUUGCAGCCUGUUCUUUCCUCACUUUUAUUCAAUCUUUUAUUCUGUCUAUUUUCUUCUUUUUUUAUCUAUUUUCGUCUUUCCUGGAGGCGAUUCUGUUCUACCUUUCAUUCUCGUCUUUUCGAUUUUUUUGCUCAUUCCUUCCUUUUUCAGCUUCUUAG